GCCGUCCCCGGCCCUCCCCGUCCCUCUCUCCCUUCCUCCUCAGUGCCGCUCGGCUCCUGGCCGGCCCCGGCAGCCCCGGAGGCGACCUCAGGCCCCGCGGCCCCUCGGCCAUGCAGCGGGAGGCGGCGGCGGCGCUGCUGGCGGCGGCGCACACGGAGCUGGCGGCGCAGCAGCUGGCGGCGGCCGAGGAGCUGUACGGCCGCUACAUCGCCUGCUGCGCCCGGGCUGCGCCUCAGGGCGCCAGCCGAGACCUCGCCACCGCCUUCAACAACCGCGGGCACAUCAAGUACCUGCGGGUGGAGUUCGCCGCCGCCAUGGAGGACUACGCGGCCGCCAUCGAGAGCCAGCCCGGCUUCGAGGUGCCCUACUACAACAGGGGCCUGGUGCUCUACCGGCUGGGGUGCUUUGAUGAGGCCAUAAAAGAUUUCAGGAAAGUUUUAGAGUUAAACCCUCAGUUUGAAGAUGCUGCACUAAGUCUAAAACAGGCUAUUCUUGACAAAGAAGAAAAACAAAAGCGAGGUUAUUGAAAAUGCAACUAAUGGUGUGAAAAUGUUUUACUGAACACUGAUGUGAUUUUUUGUCAUUGAUGGAUGAAACAAGAACACUUACGUCUGUUAUACCCUACUGAAGAAACCUCACUCUUGGGUAAAUAAGUUAAAAAUGUAUUAUAAUUGCAAAAUAUAUAUUUUUAUAUUGUCAGUGUUGAAGAAAGGCCUAAUUUUAGAUCCAUGCGAGAUACUUGUCAAUUUGUACAGAAGCAGUUCAUAAAAAGCUGUUGGAAGGUCAGUAACAGCUAAUGAAAUCUGUAGUUCUCUCAUUAAAGCUGUGUUUCUGUACUCUUUCACAGAUUGAUUUAAACGUCCUUUAUGGAGGAAAAACAAACUAAAACAUUUAAGUACUUAAGACUGGCAUUUGUGAAAGACACUGAUUUAACAAUGAUGAUCUUAGUGUUUGUCCAGAUUUAAAUGUAAGUUUGAUUUAAGCUAAAAGUGUGCAGUUGUUAAUUACAAGGUGUUAUCCUUGAAAUGCGAUGGUAAAUUAUUUUCUUUUCACUUCAGAGUGUUCCUGCAUUAAGAAAAAAAAUCUUUAAAAAGAGACCUUUUUAGGUGACAGCAGCUGUACCUUACAUGAGGAAUGCGGUACAAGAAUUCCAUCCUUUUUAAAUUCAUUGACUCCUAGAGGUAGUUUAAGGAGUACCUAAACAGGUAUGAACAGGACGUACCUGUUUUUUGUAAUCCCAUUGUAAAGCUAUUGAACAGUCAGAAAUUAAUAACUGAAUGAAUAAAACAAUUACGUAUUUUUAUCUCGAUAUCUGUAAAGACUUUAUUGGUAAAGAAUGCAGUUGAGCUGUUCACAACAGGAAUUAUGGCUUUCUCCUUUUUAUUAAAAAGGUCAAUGGCACAAAA